UUCACUCCUGCAGUCAAGUGCGACGGCCUGUUGAGUCAGUCAGCGUCUGUCCUCCGACCGAGCAGGACGCGCGAAUCAAUUUUCUAGUUUCGUGCCGAGUGGCGUUGAAAUGCAGUGAGUGCGGCGACGAUGCCGGGACAGCAGUACCUGGUGGACGACACGGCCGCCUGGCCCUCCCCCGGGCUCAUCCUCGGCUCGAGGGGAAGCGACCGCUUCCUCGCCGUCACCCCCAGGUCGUUCUCCUUCGAUGCGGUGGACGCCGCCGAUGUCGACAAUUCGGGCGUGCACAUGCCCACGGACUACGACCGCUUCAUGGCCGACGUGUGGGUCGGAGUGGUGCUCACCCUCAUGGUCUUCAGCUGCCUCUGCUGCAUGUGCUCCUGCAUGCUCUACCACCGCUUCCAGGAGUGGAAAAGAGGAGUAUUGGCGGCCGCGGCUGGGCGGGAGCACAGCGAAAACGGCCCCUUGCCGGAAGAAGCGCUGCCCAACUACACUCUAGUCUCUGGCCUGCCGAGUUACGACGAGGCCCUGCAGCAGUGGCGGGCGGCCCGCGUGCACCGCAAGAGCUCCGUGUCCAAAAUGGCCGAGGCCAUUCAGGCGGCCGCGGCCAAAACGCCGCCGCCGGCGCCCUUACGCAGACUGUCAGUGCUCGAGUUCUUGCUGCACUACAAAGGACAAAAGACGGUGCCAAAUCUCAGCAGACACGUGGCCGAAGUUUGAUCAUAUGCACUCUUUUUUUGUUAAAUUUAUAGCAAAAAGGUUCAUCAAAGGUUAUUGCUGUAAAAAUUGCAAGUUUUCAAAGCUAGAAACUCAAAUAUAUUUUUUGUAAGAUAAUAUUUUAAUAAUGGCUGCAUUUUCUUGAUUGAAAAAUAAUUGCAUGUCUCCAAAAAUUUUCUAAAGAGAUUAAUUAGGCUUUUUAUUUUCAAGUUGAUUUUGCAAGCAGCUUCCUCAGUGUAUAGUAAGCCUUUUUAUUUUUUCUAUACUUCUACAGAGCUAUUUUUAUUUUUAUAAACAUUUUGAGACCAGCAAUUUUAAAAUUAAAAAUUUGCGGGGAUAAACCUGUUGAGCCUAUUUUCAGGUUUAUUCAAACCCUGAUUCAGAACCAAAAUAUGAUUUUCACUACAUGUUUUUUGUUUAUAUACUUAAAUUGUUUUAAGAGCAAUCAAUCAAUGAACUAAAAAUUCUGUUGACCGAUUGAGUGAAGGAAAAGUCCAAGAAAUCUCUAGUUUUAGUGUAAUAUCUGAAUGAACGAAAAUGAAGACUGAUUUCAUUUAUAUAAUAUUGUACAAGAGGUCAACACUGCAAUGUGUGUGUUUUUUAUCUCACAGUUACUGAAUAAGAAGUAAGAAAUAAUCGUGUUUUCCAACGAGUGUUGCACCUGACUUGUUUCGAAGCCGUCCGCCUUGUACUCGCUGAAAUAAAUGCUAUUAUUAUGUGAGACACUCGAGCGAGAAGAAAAAGUGAAAAGUGCAUCCAGAUCAGGAUAAGCCAGCGGAUUAUUCUUGUUGGUUCAAUGCUAAAUAAAUGGAAGAGAAAA